AUGUCCCAAGAUCAACCGGAUGCCUUGCGCGAAGGCAGGCGUAUCUAUCUUGGCAAUCUACCUUACAAAGCUAGCCCCUACGACAUCGGGGACCUUCUUACUGGACAAGGCUUCGACAAGAUAGCUAACAUUCACCUCUCUGUUGACCCUGUUAGCGCACGAAACCCCGGAUACUGUUUUGUCGACUUUCUCGAUAAGGAGUCUGCCGACCGUGCCCUUUCCACCUUUAGUGCCACGAUCAACGGACGGCCUGUCAAGAUCGGUCCAUGCGAGCCCAAGAAGCAGCGCCUCAUUGAACGAGAAGACAAGUACGCUUUCAAGCGAUGGGGGGACUGGAACUCGCAGACCCGCAGUGGAAAUAACACUGGUGGUCAACAUGAUGGCCAGGGAAUCGAACAAGGCCCUACGGGUGCACUGACUCAUUUCAACAAUAUGGUGGAGAAUCACAAGGGGCGGAGGCUCUAUGUCGGCGGAUUAGACAAGAUGGUAGACCAAGCUGAACACAACAGAGAAGUUGCUGAUCUCCUGGCUGGCUUCAACCCAAUCGCAAUUGGCAAACGCAUCACUCCGGACGAAUACACGAGGUCUUUUCCAGGCAAACACCAUUACUGCUUUGUUGACUUUGAAUCCAAGGCGGACAUGGAUGCAGCGAUCAAAACACUCAACGGCAGAGUGCACAGGGGCGGUCGGUUGAAGGUAGUUCCAGCACGACCUAUUCCGAAGGCACUCAAGGAUAGGCAUUUGGGAUUGAUAGAGAGCCGUUUUAAACAUGAAGGAGAUAAUGUCUCCGAGACUAACGACAUGGCGGGGCCAAAGCGAGCCCUUGAAUCCAGCAACUGGCGCAGGAGGGAUGAUUGA